AUGGAAAUGGAAGAAUUAAAAGCAGUACGACAGAAAAGAGAUAACUGCGUGAAAGAAGUAAAGGAAGUAUGGAAAUCAGAAACAGAUGAAGCUACGCGUGUCAUCAAAGACUUCAGCGGCUAUACCACCCUGCACGGUUUUCAUUUUGUCCUGGACUCUGCCUCCCGGAUACGAAGGAUUAUUUGGAUCACAUUGAUUUCCCUGGGUAUAUGUGCUCUAUUCUUCCAGUUUCGAGACAACUGGCGCAAAUUACGAAGUUACGAAAGCGUCAUUGGCAAAGAUAUUGAACAUGCUGAGAAGCUUUUGUACCCUGCAAUUACUAUUUGCAACCAGAAUAUGAUGCGAAAAAGUAAAAUUUUGGGAACAGACGCGCAAACAUUUCUAGACCAACAAGAUCGUGUAAAGUUGCAUAUCUUGGGGAAUAAACUCUUGGAAGAAAAGACGAGCCCUGACUUUGAUCCUGGGGAGAUUGUUAUGAAGCACGGUCACAACCUAUCUGAGAUGAUGAAAGACUGCGAGUGGAAAAAUCAACCAUGUACUCCUGCUAACUUCUCCUCUUUUAUUUCUUUCAUGGUGAGGUUUAUAAAUUUUGUGAUUAGCUUAUUGGUUUAUGAAUUCCUUCCAACAGAGUGGUUUCUCUCGAGUGAAUCAGUUGACGAAGUGUCACUAACAUUCCGCAUUAGUAUUUUAAAGAGUAAUAAAUUUUUUUAAUUGAAACUCAUUCUUGUCUAUGAUCUCGUGUGUUAACAUUUGUUCUCUGUUUUUUAUUCCGCAAAACAACAAAGGAAUACAGGGUACAAAAAAAAGCUUUUACAGAUACAAAAAGAACUAUUCUACGUCAGUCAGUUUUUCCUAAGACUGAGAAAAUAAAAGGAUUUUCUACCUACAACUGGGUGAAAUCGUUUGCUUUUGUUGCUAUAUGAGAACCAUUGAGUGCAUUUUUGAGGAAGAGAGGGAAAGAGGGGGAAAUAAUCUAGACUAUUUCACUGUGUAAAUAACACCAUUUUUCUGCUUUCAGCGGGGGGUGUGCUAUACGUUUAAUUCUGAUCAACGGGGUCACCAAAAGCUUUAUGUGACAACAUCAGGAAAAGUGCAAGCCUUGUCACUUUACUUGGAUGCACAACCCGAAGAGUAUUACGGGCCAUACAGCUACGACGCAACAGGUUUUAAGAUUCUGAUUCAUGAUCAGAAGGACUUGUAUCCAAACAUUGAAGACCUCGCUUUGGAUAUUACUCCAGGGUUUACCACAAACAUACGCGUGCGCAGAAGCAAGGUUGGUACAACCAAGUUUCCUGUAUAGAGGACUAAGCUUUCUUUACCUUCCAGACAUCUCACUGAGCUAAGCAAUGUGUUACCCAUGUCCUGUGUCUUACAGAUCGCUGCGAUCAGCAAUGCCCAAAUUACGCAAUGUACUACAAUGUAUAAUUAUGUCACUGAUCAAGUUUUAAUUGUCAUUUAAGAUGGUGAGUCUUCCCGCGCCAUUUAAAUCCGCCUGCAGCGACAAGAACUUGGCAGCUUUCAAAAUGUACUCACAGUACGCAUGUCUAUUGGAAUGUUACACCAACAUAACCUAUGAAGAGUGCGGUUGUCGACUGCUAUCUAUGCCUUCAUUUGGUAAGCAAUAUGCUGUUUAAGAUGAUGCUAAUCCCCGAGAGAUACAGAUCAAGUAAUCAAUCAAAUAAGGAGUUAAACUUAAGUUCAAGUUAAAAAUUUUAAUAUUCCAACAGGUGAGAACAAAACGAGAUAUUGCUCUGCAAAGGAAAUCUUUACCUGCGUCUUCCCAAAAUAUGGUAGGUGAAAGCUUUUGACACAUCAGGAAACGCGCAUCUCACUCACUCUUUCACUAACUCAGAGGUAAACAAUAAACAUCUUUACAAAACAUCACUAGCUCCCGAAGAGCGUUAUCGCCACACUCUCCAAAGUAGUGUCACAGUUCAAAAAAACAUAUUUCAAAUGCACCCAGGUGAAUAAGAACUUCCGAUAUGGUUAUCCCAACGGAAUGUAUACGAAUGCUUUAAUCUCUCUUACCUCUCUGUUUAGGUAAAUUUAAUCCAAAUAGUUGUGCCUGCCCUGUGCCAUGUACGGAGAUACGCUAUCAUGUCCAGGCCUCCAUGGCGUACGCUCCGUCAAAUCACUUAUGGGAGACAAUAUUCCCAAUGUACAACAUGUCAACUAAUAACACAGAGAAAGUUGUCGAGUUCCAGAACUACAUCAGGUAACAAACGCGACAUUACAUUCUUACUUCCGGGAGUCCUAAAAUCAAGAAUCUUGAAUAUCACAAAACAUAAUUGGAUACUUGUACUCCAACAAGACCUGCCCGUCGGUGAAGGUUUUUUGUGUGAGUGUCAGUCCAGACUUACUUCAAAGCGUUUGGGGCAUAGUUCGAUCUUUAUCACUGAAGAGAUGUUUUCAAGGACUUCAUUAAAACUUCAUACAAAUAAAAAUGUUAUCAUUAGAAUAAGAUGGUAAAGUUUGAUAGUCGCACGAUACAGAAGUCUCGUGCUGAACACUGUACGGAGUUCUUCUGAAAAGUUUUCAAUUAAGCUUAAGUACUAUGCGACGUACUUGUUUGACCAAACCUCUAGAUGUUUUUGUAUCGUUACAUCUGUAGGCAAAGAAUGGCUCAAGUAAACAUUUACUACGAAAGUCUGGACACUGAAGUCACGAAGGAGAAACCCGCGUAUGAUUUCAAUGCUUUUGGAUGUGAGUAAUGUUUCUAGUUACGUUCUGAACUCAAACAUAUCUUGGUAAAGGAAUACAUUAGCUGACGGUGUCUUCCUUACAGAACUUGCAGCAAGCGCACAUUCAUUGAAGCGCAGACUGGCGCCAUGAGUUGCCGGAGAAUGAUAUCUGUAUCACAGUCGCGCAUACGAAUACAAAACGUACAAACAUCACGUAACAGCCAAAUCUAAGGGUUGGGUUCACAAGCUGGCAUAUUUUCGUGGACAUGGGCCUCCGCAGCGAUGGAGGAGCUCCAUUACAAUAUAUAUAUAUUAUAUGAAUAAUUUUUGUUGUCUAUUUUCCUCUCUAGCGGACGUAGGAGGUAACAUGGGAUUAUUUCUCGGCUGUAGUCUGCUGACUUUGUGUGAAUUCGUUGAUCUGAUUGUGAUUAUGUGUCUUCGUUGCUGGCGAAAGCGGAGAACUGUAGACCUCAAGACAGAUCCAUAUCAGUGAAGAAUUAUUUUGCUUAUUCAAAAACUGUAAAUGACUCGACAGGUAAUAAAUAUUUACGCUUAUGGAUUGAAGAAAAUACUGAAUCAGAAAACGCGAACACAAAUCAAUUCAGCCUCAUGAUUAAAUUGUUUGAGUACCUUUCUUGUCUGCGCACUGAAAACGCGAUCCAUAUAAACUGAUCGAUGUUUUUUUAUGUAUUUAUUUGAUAAACGUGAUAAAAAAGCAAAAUAUUGUUUGAUAGUGACGUUAUCUAUGCGUCUGUCCUACAAUAGAUCAUUGUAAAAGCCGAUCAAAACGCGUAUAUAAACUAAAUUAAAAACUAUAUUGUAACUCGAGAAAACACCCUAUCAUUUUGCAAUUGAGUACUUUCUGCCAUCGUUAAUGAAAAUAGAGGUUAGUUUUAGAAAGAUCUAGAAAGUUGCACUUUGCUCAUCAGCUUAUGAAUAUCCGUAAAAGCUGAAAUCUGAUUUAUUCAAAUCGAUGCUGAUUAAAUGUGGAGUGCUGGGUUCAGAGGUCGUUAAUGUCAUAGUGAAUGACAACCCUUCAUAUUAGAUUUGUUUUUAGACUUUUUUUGUAUUUAUUAGAAAAAAAGGAAAUAGAGAAUAUCAGUACUGAUACUGAUACAGAACGUUUUAGUCAAUAAGGGAUUUCACAGUCGAUUUCAUGAUUGGAUUCUAGUUUAAAUUUACCUUUUCUUUCUUAAUCAUGCAUUAUGUGGAAGGUUUGUCUGGGAUAGCCUUAAACUCACCACAAUAUCAAAAUAGUUGAACAAACACGCCCGUAAAAAAAAUUCUGGGAAAAAGAUGAACUGUUUUCAUGUUUAGGACCAAGGAAACGACAGUGCAUGUUUUCGCCGGCAUAAUGUGAAGUGAAAUUCUGGGUGAGAAUUAAUUAAAUUAAUUCAAAGUUAGUCACUCAGGUUAAUUCAGCGCAAUAUUAAAUAAAAAUGUUUAUCG